GCUAUCAUUUGUUUUGGCAGCCAGAGCAGCUCAACUAAACUACAUUCUCAACUCCCCCGAAAAAACAAAAUGGAACCUCACCCUAAGGUUGUCACUUCCCAGCCCUUAUUCAUUCAAAAACCUGAGCCUCUUCCACCGGUGCCUUACCAGCGCAUCUGCCCUAGCUGUGACCACCAAGUGGUGACCAAAGUGGAUUAUCACCCAAACGCUAAGACUCACUUCAUUGCUACGCUUCUCUGCUGCGCUUGCUGCUUCAUUGCCUGGGUGCCAUACUGCAGGAAUGACUGCAAAGAGCCGCACCACUUCUGCCCCCAGUGUGGAGCCUACUUGGGUCACGCUGCUUACUAGCCACAAGUUUAUUUCCUAUUCAUUUGUCUUGUUUAAAGGUUAAAAGAAUGCAAAAUAAAGGCUAUAUGUAUUUGUUAAUAUUAAAAUUUAUACAUGUUGCUGUUAAAACCGAUAUUCUUUAAAAUUUUUUUAUACAGUUAAAGCCAAAAGUUUGUCAAACCAUAAAUUAACAAAAAAAAAAUAAUAAUAAAUAAAAUUAAUAAAAACUAACGCAUUGGAGGCAAUAAAACAAAAUUAUCUGGA